AUGGCCGGGCUGGUGGGGCAAGCAGCAUCCCUGGUCCUCCUCUGCCUGGCCACGGGGCUGGAGGCCAGCCCAGAGCUCUCCGGGUACCUGCGCAAGGUGCUGAGGAACCACACCACACACACCUGCGAUGGUGAGCAGCUCCUCAUCGUCUGCCCUCGCAGGACCACCAUCAGCAUCCUCGGAGCCUUCUAUGGGCGUCGCGUGCCCAGCCCCAACCUCUGCCCCAGCCCUGGCAAUGCUUCCCAGGAGAGCACCGAGUGUGUGUCCGCCACGGCCCACCUGAAGCUGCUGGCUGAGUGUCAGGACCAGCAGUGGUGCCAGUUCUCGGUGCACAGCCAAGUCUUUGGGCCAGACCCGUGCCCGGGCACACACAAGUACCUCAUCGUUUCCUACAAGUGCCGGCCAGGGAACCAUCGGGUCAAGACUGUGUGUGAGAAUGACAAGCUGAGGCUGCAGUGCCGGUCAAAAUCCGUGCUGGCCAUUUAUUCUGCCAAUUACGGACGAUUCCUGCGGGGCAAACCAGAGUGCGAUGCCCUGAACGCUGCGGGACCCCACAUAGAGUGCUUGGCUCCAGAUGCCCUGCGGAGGGUCUCCAGGAAGUGCCACCGCAGGGGGAACUGCACAGUGGCUGCUGACCAGGCCACUUUCGGGGAUCCGUGCCUCCCUGGCACAAAGAAACAGCUACGAGUGUCCUACACCUGUGUGCCCAAGCAGCUGCUGGAGGAGGUGGGCCCUGACACCUCGGACCCCUUCCUGCUCUCAGACUACAUGCACGGUGGCUGGUACAAAGGGCCCAGGUUCUCCAGGCUCCGGGAAGACCGGAUGAUUUUUACUAGCUCUCUGGCAGCUUUUGCCCACCUCUGGGGUGUCCCAGAGAAAGUUGGCCUUUACUUUCUUUGUGGGGUCUCUGGAGGCCUCAUGCUCCUGCUGUGCAUUGUCAGCCCCAAAACCACCUUCCUCCAGGAGGUGGGGGAGGCUUUUAGAGACCCAGAGCUGGGCAGCAGCUCAGAGCUGAGCAGGACCAAGCUGCAGGAUGAGCAGGAUGAAGACCUUCAUGACGACAGCUCUUCGGACUCCUCCUUCCGCCGCCUCACCCGCACCUACCGCGCCACCGACAGCAUCUUCAGCCCUGAGCUGACGGCAGCCAUGGAGGGAGCGGUGGAGCACCAGGGCUGCGGUGGGGAGGAGAUCUGGAUGCCCAAGGAGUCAAGCCCUUAUGCCAUCCACAAGAUCAAAUCAGCCACCAAAUGA